AUGCUAUCCAAACGAUCACCAAUUACCUGCAUAAGGUCGAUCCAUUCAGUAAAGACCUCUAACAUUACUUCGAUCCCUGAUUUCACCAAGUAUUCACCCAUCAGACCCAUCAAUGAAGAACUAACGCCAUACAUUUCAGAAACAUUAGAGGGGUACCCACACAAAUCUAAAUAUGUGAACAGACAGCAUUUUUACCACAACAAGACUGUCUUAAUUGACGACUAUUUGAAAAAAUCGCCGCAUCCCAUGUCGUUGGCGCAACUAGCACAAUACUAUGAUGAUUCAACAACGUUGACCAAACAUAAGAUUAUUAAUUCUGGUAGAUUCGUGAAAGAGGAAUUGGCCAUCAGGAUGGCACACAAGAUAUAUCAACUGCAACAGCUUCCUUUCAACGUUGUUAAUAACUUCCAUUUUGUUCAAGUAUAUGAAUCAUAUUAUAAUAUUUUUGAAAGAUUUAGAAAGUUUCCCAGGAUUAAAACUAUUGAGGAUAACUCCAGGUUUGUUGAAUUUACCAGAAGGAUCCUACAGGAUUUCAAUUCUUUGAAUUUACCACACCUGGUAAUGGGUGCACUAGAAUGCAAUAUCUUGGAAUUAUUGCCCAGAGAUGAAAUUGACGCCCUAUUGUCUAGUCUUUUGAGAGCUAGAAUAUCGAGGCGGUUAAUAGUGGAAGAACAUCUAAGUAUCUCUGCCAAUUAUUUAAGUGGUAAGAAAGAGAAUACGUUAGUAUUAGGAGAUAUUUUCCAAGAAUGUCAAGCGUUGGAUUAUUUCAUGGAAGCAAGUCGGACAUGUGAGAAAUUUGUGAAGGCCAUGUAUUUCGAUGACAUCCCAAUUCCUGAAUUAAUUAUUGAAGGUCAGAAAGAUUUAACAUUUUACUUUCUACCGACGCAUUUACAAUAUAUCCUUGGCGAAAUACUACGAAAUAUCUAUGAAGCUACCAUUAAGGAUUAUAUAAGGAAAGGACUAGCGAAACCGGAACCGAUUGUCAUUACCAUAGUGAAGAAUGAUAGUUCAUUCAUCUUCAGAUUUUCUGACAAGGCAGGUGGUAUUCUUCACCAUGAGGAGGAUAUUUGGUCAUUUGGUAAAUCCAAAGAACGUGCAGCUGAAUCGUUGAACAAUUUCCACAAGUUGCCAGGGUUGCAAACAGUCUCCCUAUACGAUCAUCUGUAUAAUGGCGAAGAACAUGAUAUGAAUACAAGGACUUUGAUGGCGAAUAGACCAUACAUGCACACUUCGUUGGAAGCCAUGGGCCACUCUAAUUUGAAGAAGGGACCGUACAAAUUUGAAAUGCCUCUUAUUGAGAUGUUAGAAAGGGCACCAAGAUACAAGUUAGGGAUUGGGUUGGCAAUGUGUAAGAUAUAUGCUGAGUAUUGGAAUGGAGACCUGUCAUUGACGACCAUUCCAGGGCAUGGGACGGACACAGUCUUGACUCUGGGGAACCUAAUGGCCCACAGUGAUGAAUUGCAACUGGACAAGGUGUGA